UUUUUUGUUGAUGGUGAAGUGGGUUAUAGUUGUUGAUAUAUAGUAUAAGAGAAAGCCAUCUUUUCUUUUGUACAAAUUCUAAGUCUUUGAAGAAUCAAUGAGACUUAUUCAAAAAAAGGAAUAGUAGAUGUGUAAGAAAAAGCCGUUAGAUUGGAAUUGUGUUGAGGUUCAAUAUAAAAACAACGAGUUGAAACGGCAAAGACAAAAACAGAAGAAAGAGAUCGCUUGCCUUUUUUUUUCUUUUUUAUAUAAUUGGAAUUUAGCGAUUUUGGGGAUUUUGAACAUCAGGUGAUCUUGCUUUCUUUGCACGGACCUUUAUGGCUAUUUGACCAGAUCUUCUUAGGAUUGUUACUCUUUGAGUCACAGCAGAUCAGAUUUUGAUGUGCAAUGCAAAGAUCACGUAGGGCUCUUCUGCAAAGAAGAGCUUUGGAGAAGGCAAUUUACGGGAGGGAACGGGCUUAUAAAUUUUCUCUAUCUGCCGUUGCUGUUCUAUGGACACUUGUUUUCCUGUUGAACUUGUGGAUUGGUCAUGGUGAUGUCAAUGAAGAGGGCUCUGGAGAUUUUCCUGUUGCUGUAAGAUUAUAUACAGAAAAUAAACCUCAAUAUAGUAGAGACACUUGUUCUGCUUUGCCCAGAACCGACAGUUCAUCACAGGAAAUCCAAUUCGAAGAUUCAGCCAAGAUUUCAUGUACACAGGCAGGGAAAAGUCAAGUUACAAAUAGAGAAUCAGCAGAUGUUUUGCAAAACAGCAACGCUGGUUCUGCAAUUCAAGAACAAGCUAGUGAAGGAAAUCCACUUUCAGAAAAGGAUGCUUCAAAAUCUGACAGAUUUGCUCGUGCUGUGCCUCCAGGUCUUGAUGAAUUCAAAAACAAAGCAUUUAACGCCAAAAAUCAUAACAAAAUUGGCCAUGCUGAAGGAAUUAUACAUAGGUUAGAGCCUGGAGGAUCAGAAUAUAAUUAUGCUUCUGCUUCAAAAGGAGCCAAAGUCCUGGCUUACAACAAGGAAGCAAAAGGUGCUUCCAACAUCUUGGGCAGAGAUAAGGACAAGUACCUUCGUAAUCCUUGUUCAGCUGAAGAGAAGUUUGUUGUCAUCGAACUGUCAGAAGAAACCCUUGUGGAUACAGUGGAGGUCGCAAAUUUUGAACAUCACUCAUCUAACCUAAAAGAUUUUGAGCUCCUUGGUAGUCCCAUUUAUCCUACAGACACAUGGAUCAAACUUGGAAAUUUUACCGCUGUAAAUGUAAGGCAUGCUCAGAGGUUUCUUCUUCCAGAGCCAAAAUGGGUAAGAUAUCUUAAACUGAAUCUUCUGGGCCAUUAUGGUUCAGAGUUCUAUUGUACCCUGAGCAUUUUGGAGGUGUACGGAGUCGAUGCUGUUGAAAUUAUGCUUGACGAUCUUAUCUCUGAUCAAGAUAAGUUGUUUGUACCUGAACAAACUAGUAAUGAGGAUAAAUCUGUGCCCACUCAACAUGUUUCUAAUCAUGGUGAAACUUUUCAAAAUGCCAAUGAUGAAAUGGAAAAGGAUCUUCAGGGAGUAAUGACAACUGAUGUGCCUGACCCAGUGGAAGAAAUUCGUCGUCAACAGGUAAAUAGGAUGCCGGGGGACAGUCUGAAGAUACUGAUGAAAAAAGUGCGAUCUCUGGAUAUCAAUUUGUCAGUUUUGGAACGAUACCUGGAAGAGUUAAAUUCUAGAUAUGGAAAGAUUUUCAAAGACUUCGAUUCUGAAAUGGGAGAAAAAGAUGUUCUUCUUCAAAAUAUUAGGUCCGACAUAAGGGGUUUAUCUCACAGCAAGGAUGCCUUAGGUAAAGAAGUUGUCGACCUAGUAUCAUGGAAAUCCCUUGUUUCCACACAGCUGGAAGAAAUUAUCAGGGGAAAUGCUAUUCUCAGGAAGGAGGUUGAAAAGGUUCAAAGGAAUCAGGUACACAUGGAGAACAAAGGAAUUGUUAUUUUUCUUGUAUGUUCAUUUUUUGGAUUAUUGGCUCUUUUCAAGCUACUAGUAGAUACAGUUUUGAGUAAUUAUAGGUCAGAAAAUUCCAGGAAAUUUUGUUCAGAGAGUUACUCCUGGUAUUUUCUACUCUUGAGUUCUACCAUUACAAUUAUAAUCCUUUCCUUGUAAUUUAUGUAAUAUAGCAACGACUGCAUUUACUUGUUUUACCUUGUUGAAUGUGGAACUAAACUGUAUAGUUCAGUUCUCAAAAACUGGAGGGAGUAUUAUGCUCCCAUUUGGACAUAAAAUUUGGAAUUUUUUUUCUUCAAA